AUGGAGCAGCCUUACCAGCUCAAUUGGUUCGAAAUCGUGUGGGAGUCAAUGUACAAGGGGAGGAAUCCAAUGCUGGUCACUGGUGUCUUUGCAUUCGCCAUUCACGAAGUCAUAUACUUUGGACGCUUUCUACCUUUCCUACUAGCCGAUCAGAUUCCUCAACUGAGACAAUACAAGCUACAGCCGCAUAAAAGGAAUUCAGGACUCGACUAUUGGAAGUGCACCAAACGAGUGCUUUAUUGCCAUCUUCUAUUUGAAAGCCCACUGAUCUUCUUUUUCCAUCCUGGAGCAACACUACUUGGGAUGAGGAUAUCAGCACCCUUUCCAUCAUGGUACCAGAUCAUCCCGCAACUCGUCGUCUUUUUAAUCCUCGAAGACUUUUAUCACUAUCACGUGCACCGUUUUAUGCAUACGCCUUUCAUGUAUCGAUAUGUCCAUCGCAUCCAUCAUGAAUACGCUGCACCUUUUGGUAUUGCUGCAGAGUAUGCUCAUCCCAUCGAAACUCUGAUUCUCGGUUUUGGUACCAUUGGUGGCCCCCUCGCUUAUCAUAUCACUACGCACUUUAUCUUACAAUGGGGUCCUGAUUGGGAUUUACACAUGACAACAAUGAUUCUGUGGAUGAUCCUACGCCUUCAUCAAGUCGUGGAUGCUCAUUCCGGUUAUGAUUUUCCAUGGUCACUCCAUCAUUGGCUUCCAUUUUGGGCAGGGGCAGAGCAUCACGAUUAUCAUCAUCAAUCCUAUGUAGGCAACUAUGCUUCAUCAUUUCGAUGGUGGGAUUACCUUUUUGGCACAGACAUCAAGUAUCGCGCAUACCGUAGACAACAAAGAGAGCGUAUCAGACAACAACAGCAGCAAAACUCAGGUGCCAUUAGAACAGGAGACGCAGCAUGA